AGCAACAUACGCCAUUGAGCUACAAUUCCGCUAGCUUAAUUCCAAAGGAUUGGCUAUGCAUCUUCAUCUCUUUCCCCCUUUCACAAUUCUUCUUAAUUUAAUGUUCACCAUUCAUAACAACAACAAAAGAUGCACUUGAUGAAAAGCCAUCAUCACCAUUACUAUUAUUCCCCCAAGACAAUCUUCCUACUCUCCUCCUCCUUGUUGGCCAUAUUCCUCCUCUCUUCCUUCCUCCUCCUCCCCGACUCUACCCUCUCCUUCCUCCUCCGUGGCUCCGCCUCCCAACGCCAUGCCCCGCCGCCGCCCCCUCCGUUGUCCCUCCGCCACGUCGUGUUCGGGAUCGCCUCGAACGCGAACUCGUGGCGGAGGCGCAAGGAGUACGUCAAGCUCUGGUGGCGGCCCGCGGAGAUGAGGGGUUGCGUUUUCCUCGAGCGGGAAAACGCGACCUCUGCCUCCGACAACGACACCGCCCUCCUCCCGCCCGUGUGCGUCUCCGGGGACACGUCCCGGUUCCGCUACACGUACGGGGCGACGGGGAAGGGGACGCCCUCGGCCAUACGCGUGGCCCGCGUGGUCUCGGAGACCGUGGCCCUGAACCACACGGGCGUGAGGUGGUUCGUGUUUGGGGACGACGACACCGUCUUCUUCCCAGAGAACCUGGUGAAGACGCUGUCCAAGUACGACCACGGGUUGUGGUACUACAUCGGGGCCAACUCCGAGAGCCACGCCCAGAACAAGUUCUUCUCCUACGGGAUGGCGUUCGGCGGGGCUGGAUUCGCCAUUAGCUAUCCUCUGGCUAAAGUCUUGGCUAGAGUUUUGGAUUCAUGCCUGGAAAGAUAUCCACAUCUCUAUGGAAGUGAUGCCCGAAUCCAUGCCUGUUUAUCCGAGCUCGGCAUUUCUUUAACUCUCGAGCCCGGAUUUCAUCAGUUGGAUGUUCAAGGGAACGUGUUCGGAUUGCUGGCGGCGCAUCCGGUGAGACCGUUGGUCUCACUCCACCAUAUGGAUGUAUUGUUUUCGAUAUUCCCACACAUGACGAUAAUCAAAUCUCUCCGGCACCUGUACGCCGCCGCGGCGGUGGACCCGCACCGGAUCUUGCAGCAGACGGUGUGCUACGACCGGUGGUUUUCGUGGACAGUGUCGGUGUCGUGGGGGUACGCGGUCCAGGUGUUCGGGAACCACGUCCGGCUGCCGGAGGCUCUCCGGGUGCAGCAGAGCUACAUGCCGUGGAAGAAGGGCGGGAGGGGGAUGGUUUAUGACUUCGACACGUGGGAUUUCAACCCCGACCCCUGCCGGAGGCAGCCCAUUUUUUUCUUCACUAAUGCUUCUUCCGCCGCGGGCGGCGGCGGCGGUGAUCGGGUCUCCACCGUGUACCGGAAGAUGACCAAGGAGAAAUGCAGAUUUGACUUGGCAUCUCCGAGGAAACUCGAGGAAAUCAAAGUUCAUUCCCACAAGUUGGUCCUUGACCGGAAUCAGUUGCUAGCACCAAGAAGGCAAUGCUGUGAUGUGUUAGCUUCAACUUCAGAAAGAGUAAUGGAGAUUGAGAUUAGAGAAUGUAAAGAAGAUGAGAUUACUUUUCUCCAGCAAUGAUGAAAAUGGUGGGUGUGACCAAAUUUCUCACAAUCAAAGUGCUUAAUUACUGUAAUUUAGACCUCAGAUCAAUUUUUUUGUUUGUUUUUUUUUGGUUUGUUUUGGUUUAAGGACACAAAGUCAUGUAUGUAUGAGUAAAUAGGGACAGAAAUUUAGGGCUGGAAUUUCAAUGUUCUGCUCAUAGGUCAUUAGAUCAACGUGUAACAGGUUGACAUCUGCUGUUGAGCAGAAUAUAGUUUUAGACAUAACAAAUUUCUGAAAUAAAGUGUUUGAUAUAUC